AUGUCGAUCACCUUUAUGUUGGGCGGAAGUUGGAGAGAAAGUGUUUCCGGACCUGAAUUUGUGAAGGAUGCCAAACUCAAGGUAGAGGAGAUUAAGAAGAGGUUGCUUAUAGCCCAAAGCCGAGAAAAAUCCUAUGCGGAUAGAAGGAGACCAUUGGAGUUCUCGGUAGGAGACAAAGUGUUUGUGAAAAGAGUUGGGGAAGUGGCAUACCGUUUGGCAUUACCACCAAAAUUGUCGAAUGUGCAUAAUGUGUUUCAUGUUUCGACACUUCGAAAGUAUGAACCGGACCCUUCACAUGUGUUGGAUUGGGAGACAUUGACGGUGGAGGAUGACAGAACCUAUUUUGUGCAACCGGUGAGAAUUCUGGAUAGGCAAGAUAAGGUUACGAGGACACAUUGGUGA